UUGAAUUGUAUUUUUGUAGAGUUUAAAUACGAGGGCGAGGUACCCGAACGGUUAUUGUGUACGCUACAUGAUUUGCAUUCUAUUUAUGGGCAGACGAAAUAUUUCCCUCGAAAUUAUAUUUUGCGACGAUUGCUUGAACUUGGCUCGGGCAUGACAGGACGGUCAAAACGAUGUAUCCUACCCGCAAGUUUCUACGUCUCGCUGAUAUCGAAACUGGAUCUCAGUUUUAUUGAGUUUGUUGAGCUUCUUUCAUCGGAAUAUAGAGCAGGGGAUCCAUGGUGGACGCAAAAUGAAAACGGUCAACGGUACAUUAUGGAAGUUGGCAUAGCUGUGGUUCAAGCGUUUCUGGAUAGCGGCGCAAAGUAUUCACCUAAUGAAAGGUUUGUUAAAGCUACUCCCUUUGCGGAAACGUUUUAA